AGAAGAGGAGGAGGAACAUUCUGCGCAUAUGCAGUAGCUCAACACGUGUUCACUGCGUGUGCUUGGUUACAGAUUUGGAUUGUCGUCUGGAGGAGCACAGCACAAGUUUUCAGCCUGUUGUUUCAUCUCCAAUCUUGAGCUAACAUGAAGCCAGGUUUCAGUCCACGUGGUGAGAGAGGAGGAAGAGGUGGAGGACGUGGUGGAUUUAGAGGCAGUUUUGGAGACCGGGGUGGACGAGGAGGAGGAAGAGGUGGAGGCUUUAGGUCCCCAGAUGGAGGAUUUCGAGGCCGCGGGGGUGGCAGAGGCACCCCAAGGGGAAGAGGAGGCAGAGGAGGGAGGGGUGGUGGCAGAGGUGGUUUUGGAGGCGGGAAAAACAUCUUGAUCGAGCCACACAGACAUGAAGGAGUCUUCAUCUGCAGAGGGAAGGAGGAUGCUCUGGUCACCAAAAACAUGGUGGUGGGAGAAUCUGUGUAUGGAGAAAAGAGAAUGAGUGUUGAGGAAGGUGAGACGAAAAUUGAGUACAGAGCCUGGAAUCCUUUUCGCUCCAAGCUGGCAGCGGCAAUUUUAGGAGGAAUUGACCAGAUUCAUAUCAAACCUGGAUCUAAGGUCAUGUACCUGGGGGCUGCCUCUGGUACUACGGUAUCCCACGUUUCAGACAUUGUUGGACCAGAGGGGCUUGUUUAUGCAGUGGAGUUCUCCCAUCGAUCAGGUCGUGACCUUCUCAAUGUGGCAAAGAAACGCACCAACAUCAUUCCAAUCAUUGAAGACGCCAGGCAUCCACACAAAUACCGGAUGCUGGUUGGCAUGGUGGAUGUGAUUUUUGCUGAUGUGGCCCAGCCUGACCAGACAAGGAUUGUUGCUUUGAAUGCUCACAACUUCCUGAAAAAUGGAGGACACUUUGUCAUCUCAAUAAAGGCCAAUUGUAUAGACUCAACUGCAGCGCCAGAGGCAGUAUUUGCUUCUGAGGUGAAGAAGAUGAGCGGUGAGAACAUGAAGCCACAAGAACAGCUCACUCUGGAGCCCUAUGAGAGAGACCAUGCUGUGGUGGUGGGCAUCUACAGACCUCCACCUAAACAGAAGAAAUGAUGUGUGGAAAACGGACAGAAAGCAACCAAUCAUCACUGUCAAGUCAAACAAAAUAACUUUCAAGUUACCCCCUUUAGCAGCCUCUGUCUACCUGACGGAGGUAAAUUUCUGUUGAGCUAUUUCUAGCUGUCUAAUUUCGUUUAGUGGGAAUACCCUUGAAUGUUUUGAUAGUCAGCUAUAGCUUUAAGUUUGUCAUAUGUAACACAUACAUUGUACAUAAAUUGAUGUAAAAUACAAUUUACUCUGUCUCACUCUUAAGCUUUUUAAAAACAAAAAAUUUUUACUUUUAUUCAUUCUUAUGAAUGUAUAAAAUACAUUGGUAAAUAAAAAUACAUUUAAACUUGAAUAACAUGUAAUACAGUUGGACCAUAAAUGACAGACUUAAAAUAUCCAAAAACAAUCCACAUCUGCAUUUGGUCCCAACUCUAAAUGCAGCAUGGUAAAAACUGAAUCAUUUAAGGGCUUUCCUGAAGAAACAUUUGAAAAAAAAAAAUCUUUUCUGGACUCUUUGCAGGUGGUUGUGUGGCUAUCUUGUAGAUAUGGUAGUGGCAGACCCAUAAUUCUCAAGGCAGUUCUCAUCAAUAACUUAUGAUGUAGUUUUAUUUCCAAACCAAUAUGCACGGAGUGAGGGUGGCUUAUUUGUAAAAUUGAGGGAUUUAAUGGGCUAUUCUAACUGUUGCUGGGUCAGUUGCUAAUGCUGUAAGGAUGGAAGUACACAGAAGUACGAAAUGAGGUUGUUUUUUUUAACAAAAGUUGCUGAAGUUGACUGCCAAAUGUGGGGGUAAAUUUGUUAUUUCUUUGAGAGAAACUCAAAUUUUACUGCAGAUGAUGACACUUUUGGUCAGGUUAAAUAUAGAUGUGUACAUGUAAAAUAUAAUCUUUAGUAAUGCCAACCUUUGGAAUCAUUCUGGAAUGUUUGGUUUAACAAACUGUUAACCUGUAAAAAGGUAUUUUGACAGAAAUUGUACAGUUUGUUUCGCUCAAGGAUUUGUCUUCAGUUAGAAUUGCUUGAUGUAGUGAGUCUUAAAGUGUGGCUAGUCAUUUUUAUUUUUACACCUGAUAUAUUUUUUUUUAUAUAGAAUUUAUUCAAACUAAUUAGUGUUUUAUGUUUUCCCCAUUCUGAAAUCAUCAAAAUGACAUGCCCCAAUGCAGGUAUUUAAUGUGUAUACUUUAGGAUUUCUCAGUGAUUGUGUUCUGAUUUAACACCCACUGCAAUUCAGUAAGGAUUCGUUGAACUCGUUUAUGGUAAGAUGACAUGAGACUGCAGAGGGAACUCUUGACUUGUCAUUCUAAAAGUCCGUGGUUUAAACUAGAGUGAGGAAAAUCUGUAUUUUUUAAAGGCAAACGUGUUUAAAUACAUUUUUUUAUGUGGUUUUGAA